GUUCUCUUCUCCGUUCUCUAUAAAUUUACCAUUUCUUCCAAGGAAAAAAGAGAGUGAAGAAAAAAGAAUUAUAAACUUCUCUUUACUAUGGGGAAUCGCCCUGGAAAAUCUACAAAGCUUGCUCAUGCUUCUUCUAGCCUAUCUUUUGAUGAGAAAAGGGAACCGGUACAUUCUCGUAAACAGUCAUUUCAUGACAGUUCUGGAAUAAAUGAUUCCUCAGUUCUGAGCAACCUCCAUUCCUUUACCUACAAUGACCUCAAGAAUGCCACUAGGAACUUCCGAGCUGAUAGUCUUCUUGGCGAAGGAGGUUUUGGAUACGUCUUCAAAGGAUGGAUAGAUGAAAAUACUUUUGCUCCCUGCAAACCAGGAAGUGGGAUGGUGGUAGCUGUCAAGAAACUUAAGCCAGAAAGCUUCCAAGGGCACCGAGAAUGGCUUGCUGAGGUUCACUACCUAGGGCUGCUUCACCAUAAAAAUCUAGUGAGGUUAAUCGGAUACUGCUCCGAAUUUGAUAACAGGCUUCUUGUUUAUGAGGUCAUGGCAAAAGGAAGUUUGGAAAAUCAUUUAUUUAAAAAGAGAGUUCAGAUUAUACCUUGGCCUACACGAAUAUCUAUUGCAGUAGAUGUUGCACGAGGCUUGUCCUUCUUACACGGUCUUGAAGCAAAUGUGAUUUACCGUGAUCUCAAGGCUUCAAACAUACUACUAGAUUCAGAUUUCAAUGCCAAGCUAUCGGAUUUUGGUCUUGCAAGAGAUGGUCCUAGUGGAGACAGAACUCAUGUCUCGACCAGAGUUGUCGGUACAACAGGUUAUGCUGCACCAGAAUACGUUGCAUCAGGUCACUUGACACCAAAGAAUGAUGUUUACAGUUUUGGAGUUGUUCUUUUGGAGUUGCUAUCGGGAAAACGUGCAACGGGUGAUGAAAAUGCAGGAGGUGCUGAUGAAAAAUUGGUGGAAUGGGCAAAACCAUUCCUAAGUGAUAGCAGGAGAGUAUUGAGAAUAAUGGACACAAGAUUGGGAGGACAGUACUCAAAGAAAGGUGCACAAAUUGCAGCUUCCCUUGUCCUGAGAUGCCUCGACAUCGACCCGAGACUUAGGCCAACUAUGGAUGAGGUUCUAGCUACACUAGAACUUGUACAAGAACCAAAAGAUAUCAUGAAGAGUUCACAACAGAUUAACCAAAGCAGAUGACAAGUUUGUCGCCCUCAAAGUCCAUCAUAUGAAUAGCCAUUGACAGCAGUGCAUGGUCGCGAUAGCGGAACUAGGAUUUUCACUUAGGAGAGUCAAAAUAUAUAUAAAAAAACCAUAGAAUCCAAGGGGAUUCAGCAUAUAGGUAAGAACUCCAUGCCUACUGCAAGAACCUUUAAAAAAUGCCCAAAGAAUGUUCAAAAAUUAGCAAUAACAGCCAAAAGUGUAGAGUGGGUUGUGAAAGAGGGACAUUAUUAUGCUUCUAUCUACUUAAGAUUUAUUCCUGGUUAUGAAAAGUUAAUUUCAGAAUGAUCUGGCUUUAGUAUGCAAAAUAUAUACACUAAUGUAUACAAAAUAUAUACUAGUGUUUAUUCCUAAUCCAUCACAUAAGCAUAUCGCUGCUUGGGACAAUGAUGUUCUUUAGUUGUUCAAGAACAUCGGUGAUAAGGUAGAUUUAGGGUGUGCUUGGUACGGAGGAAAAUAUUUUUAAAUUUUUUCAUGUUUGAUUGAUCAAAAUAUUUGAAAUAUAUAUUUGACGAAUGACACUCUGCUUUGAUUGUCUAGAUUAACACAAAUAUUUUUGGGUCAAUAUUUGUCCACCCCCAUCCCAACCACCCCUUACCCUCAACUUCCAUAGCUGCUUACCUACCAAAUAUAAGAAAAUAAUUUUCUUUAUCCCAAUUUUUGUG